AUGAACAAAGUCGCUGUGAUGAAGUCUGAUAAUCUCCUUCACUUGGAGGACAACAGAAGACCAGAGGAGCAGAGCAGAUUGAGCUACAUAGAGAUAACUCAAAGCGGCGUAACAGAUGGGCAGAAGACAAACUUGCUGCAAUGCCAGGAGAUGAAUGAAAACAGCUCACCUAUCAAAUACAGAAGAUAUGGGUCUCGUUUGGGCGGGGUCAAAGUUCGCCACAAGAGGCAGGUGCUGCAGGACAUGGCCCGACCACUGAAACACUGGCUUUACAAACACCGGGACAACCCUUACCCCACCAAGACUGAGAAGGUCCUGCUUGCCCUGGGCUCCCAUAUGACGCUUGUGCAGGUUUCCAACUGGUUUGCUAAUGCCCGGCGGAGGCUGAAGAACACAGUGAGGCAGCCAGACCUGAGCUGGGCGCUGAGAAUCAAACUCUACAAUAAAUACAUCCAGGGCAAUGCCGAGAGGCUGAGUGUGUGCAGUGACGACACCAGCUCAGAUGAGGAAGAGUGUGCCUUACAAACUCCAAUCAGCCAAUCAGACUUCGGCAGGUCAUCGUCCCACAAGAGUGCACAUCAGAAACAGGGCAACGUCCUCGCCAUGGCUGACUCUGCCAACAGCGACGACAGUGUCUCGCCACCGUCCAAGUACAAGAGCAGCUUACUGAACCGCUACCUGAACGACACCUUGCGGCACAUGAUGGCAGCCACGUCUGAUGGCAUCACCACACCCCACAAGAGGAGGAGCCACUCCGAAUCGUUCAGCUCCAACGAAUGUGAUGAAGAUGUCGUUUCCCCGGCAGCCUCCUCUGAACCAGAGACCAGCUUCGUCUACCACAUGGACACAAUGGACUGUGCCUCAACUAAAUGUGACAAUGACCAGCAGCAGGACAGGCGCCAGCAGAGACGAGGUGACCAAAGCUGGAGGGAGAUCCAUGCAGCCAUGGCUCUGACCAACUUAGCUCAGGGGCAGAGCUGUAGCACAGAGCAGAGCAGCGCACCAGUGCCCAUCACUGCCACAGGGCGGAGCUGCACCAGAGGACCCACCAUCACCACCACCAGGACCACUAUUAUAGGCAAGACCUGCGCCACAGGGCCCACUAUGGCCGCACGGCAGAGCUGCACCACAGGACCCGCUCUCACCAGCCGCAUCAUCCAGAAGUCUUCUCACAUCUCUGAGAUCCAAACUGUCAAAGUCGCACUGGCAAACAGUGUGUAG